AUGGCCAAAGGCAAGGUCACUUGUGCUUUCCUUCUUGUACUAAUUCUCUCUCAUGGAAUUCUGUCCAGUGAGGGAAGAGAGUUGAAGGCAGGGAAGAACCGUGAACGUAACAAAUGUGCUUUUACUGAUGAGGAAAACGGAGAAAAAAUGGAUUUAAGCAGUGACCAUUACGGUACGUUGCCAUGCAACGUUAGAGAACUCAAAGCAGAGAAUCAACACGCUGGUGCUGCACCUGGUCAUGGCCAUGGUGGAGAUGUUCUUGUUAGAGAAGCCGGAGAAGAUUACCGCAACACGACGCCCGGCCACAGCCCGGGGGCUGGCCAUGGUUAUGUACCUGGAAGCAGCGAUCCAUAA